AUGGGCAAGUCAAUUCUACUCAUCAACGGCCCCAAUCUCAACCUGCUGGGGCUCAGGGAACCGCACAUCUACGGGCACACCACCCUUGCCGAAGUAGAGUCCAACGCCAAGGCCCAAGCAGAGAGUCUCGGUGCAUCUCUGGAGACAUUCCAGUCGAAUCACGAGGGUGCCAUCAUCGACCGGCUGCAUGCUGCCCGUAGCAAGGUGGAUGUGGUCAUCAUCAACCCCGCCGGCUUCACCCACACAAGCGUCGCCAUCCGCGAUGCCCUCGCUGGCGUCGCCAUCCCAUUCAUUGAGCUGCACAUCAGCAACACCCACACGCGCGAGGCCUUCCGUCACCACAGCUAUUUUAGCGACAAGGCGGUGGCGGUGAUCAUGGGGCUUGGAGUUCAUGGGUAUAAAUAUGCGGUCGACCAUGCCAUACAACAUAUGUGA